AUGGGAUGGUUCUGGGCUGAUACCGCCGCUGCUCCUUCUGCCGGCACAAGUGCUGCUAAGUGUCCUAUUGACCACACCCCCAAGCCCUCUGGCUGCCCCAUAGACCACACCCCAAAGCCUGCUUCCGGCUGUCCCAUCGACCACACCUCAAUCUCCAAAUCCGAUGCCUCUGCCUCCCAGUGCCCCGUGGACCACGAGGUGCUCAACCCCAUGAACAACAUGCCACAUCUCUCGUCAGAAAAAGCUCCUGGCCAGAAGAUCACCCUUUCUACCGAAAGAACCAUCUCGUCCAUCCCACGAGGCGAGUCUGAGGACCAGGGCUUGUGGGAAUACCCUUCGCCCCAGCAGAUGUUGAAUGCCAUGUUGAGAAAGGGCAAGGGAGACGGAAUCCCUGAAGAUGCGGUCGAAUCCAUGGUGGAUGUGCACAACUUCUUGAACGAAGGUGCGUGGGUCCAGAUCUUGGACUGGGAAAGCGAGCACACCAGCGAGACCAAGGUGGAACCCAGAUUGAAGAAGUUCACCGGAAGACCCCACGACUUGUCUCCCAGAGCUCAGAUGUACAUGUGGCUCGGCAAGAUCUUCCCUGAGACCUUCAACACCGUGCCUCCGUUCGACAGACACGACUGGACAGUCUUGAGAAGCUUGGGCAGAGAGAAGGGCUGGAAGGAAGUGCGCUAUGUCAUCGACUACUACGGAGCUCCCGACGACGAGGACACAGGCAUGCCUGCGUUCAUGUUGGACACAAGGCCUGCAUUGGACAGUUUCGACAGUGCUUUUGCCCGUAUGAAGAGGUGGGGGGUUCCUGUGUGGAAGCGGGCCAUGGGGGACUUCAGCGACCGUGACUCGUGA